AUGUGGUUGUUUAGGUUAGUAGUACAUACCAAAAGGAAAAUGCUGUACUUGGAAGAUUUAGCUAAUGAAUUGUUACUCGAUUUACUUGAGUGCUAUAUGACACCCUAUGAUGUAUUCAAUGGCUUUUUAAACUUAAAUUGGAGACUGAACAGUCUCCUGAACCAAAUUCGAUUUAACAUUGAUUUAUCAUCAGCAACAAGAGGUGGUGCUGGUCGGAAAGUUCUCUGUUUAUUACCCCGUUUAACUGCCUCAUCAUCGCUUCAUCAAAUUUAUCACCUUAUACUGUCUGAUGAUCCAUUUCAUAAUCAAACAACAAUAUUCUCAAAACUGAUAGAUCUUGCGUCAUUAAUCAAUCUUCGAUCGUUAACAUUGAUUGAACCAAGAACAAAUGAUUUGAUUGAAGCGUUCAUAGAAAAAUUAUCGUUUUUGCUACACUUGGAAACAUUUUCAAUUAAAAUUCUUGAGAAUAAGAAUUCGUAUAAAAUUGAUUGCAUUCAUCGAAUAUUUAACAAUAUUCCAACGUCUUUAAUCAAAUGCCUUAUACAUUUCGAUUUCCUUUCGUUAUCUGUUUAUGACACUGUCGUCACAACACCUCCACAUUCCAUAUUAUUAAAUUUAAAAUAUCUAUCGAUCUGCCUUUAUUCACUCGACGAUUUACUUUACUUAAUCAAUUACAUACCUCAAAUUGCAUAUUUGGAUGUUGAAUUACUACAACGUAAAAAUAUAGACCAUACUACAACAAAAAUGAUGAACAAUAUAGCAUCGUUAUUACCAAAUUUAAGUCAUCUUAAACUAAGAAUGGUUGAUGUAUCAUUCAAUCACAUACAAACUUUAUUUGAAAAUCAUUUAAAACUAAAAUGUUUAUCGCUAAAAAGCCAUUACUGUUUAAAUCGAGAAUAUUUAGAUGCUAAUCGCUGGCAAAAACUUAUUGAAUCGUUACCAAAUUUAAAACAAUUUCAUUUAAGUAAGUACACAUGUAUGUAA